CUCUUUUAACAUCAGUCUCUUGAGGCAAUAACUGACAGUUGGCAGUUCUCGCUCGGCACUGCAGUCAGUCAGUCACUUGCAGUAUUGCCUAUUGGGCACCAGGAUCACCACCACCAUGCAAGGGCUAUUUCCACUAGACAUGACCAAUGUCAUGCAAGGGCUGUAUCUACCAGACAUGACCAACGUGACCCUGCGUCUGCCUCUGCCUCUGCCUCUGCAUCUGCCCGAGGACUCUCUGCUGCAGCCGGUGUGGGACUACGUCCUCCGGCACCACCAGGCUACCAUCCGCUCGCCCCUCUUCCCCGUCUUCCUCUCCGUCUCCACCUACCUCUUCCUGGUGUCGGCGUACACCACCCUGGACCUGCUGGCUCCGCACUGGGCCUGGCUGAACCGGCGCCGCCUGCACCCGGACCGUCAUCUGGCCUGGAGCAGCGUCUGGCGGACCCUGGGCCUCACCACCUACAACCACAUGGUCUUUAUCUUCCCGGCGGCGGUGGGCCAGUGGCUGUGGAGGCCCCCGGUCCCCUUACCCGACGAGGCCCCCACGCUGCUGGGCUUCCUGGCGGGCGUGCUGGGCUGCAUGGUCAUCUUCGACUUCCAGUAUUACUUCUGGCACAUGCUGCAUCACCGCGUGGGCUGGCUCUACCGCACCUUCCACGCCGUACACCACCAGUACCAGGAGCCAUUCAGCCUCGUCACACAGUACCUGUCCGGCUGGGAGCUGUUCAGCGUGGGCUUCUGGACCACGGCCAACCCCAUCAUCCUGCAGUGCCACUGCCUGACCACCUGGGCCUUCAUGGUCUUCAACAUCUGGGUGUCCACCGAGGACCACUGCGGCUACGACUUCCCCUGGGCCAUGCACAACCUGGUGCCGUUCGGGCUGUGGGGCGGCUUACCGAAGCACGAUGCCCACCACCAGAGGCCCAGCACCAACUACGCCCCCUUCUUCUCCCACUGGGACUGGCUGGGGGGCACGGCGUACGACCCCCCCUCCUCUCUCGUUGUCGGGUCACUCAAGAACAACAAGAACAACAAGAGCAGGAUGAGCAAGAACAAGGGAACUUAAAAGUACACUGUUUAAGAUUUUUAGUUGUUUAUUUCCAGAAUUCAUGCUACCCAUUCACUAAUGUUACCUUUUUCGUGAAUACUUACCACCACCAUCAAAUUCUAAGUAUUCAUUGGAAAAAUUGCACUUUUCAUACGUGAAAAGGGGGAUCUUCUCCACGGUCCGCCAUUUUGAAUUUCCAGAAAUUGACAUUUUUGGCUGCAAAAAUGACUGUACUUGGGCCAUACUAGAAAAUAUUAGUUUAUUACUUUGUAAACUUUCAUGAAAAGAGCAAAUUUGGCAAUAGGCAGCCCAGUUUCAAUGAGCAGCAUAGUUGCAGUACCUUUUUUGACCAUUUCCUGUACUGUGUAAUAUCUUUAUUAGUAGUUUAUUUCCAGAAUUCAUGCUGCUCAUUCACAAAUGUUACCUUUUUGACAAAUACUUACGAACACCAUCUAAUUCAAAGUGUUCAUUAUGACUUGGAAAAUUGCCCUGGCCACCAUCCUACACAGUGCACCUUCAAGAGCAAAGGAACUUGAGCGGAAUUUAAGUGUCCCCUUUUUUCCUCACCAUAGCCUACAUUACUGCAGUAUUUCUCUUUUAGAUAUGUCAGGCGUUUGAUGGAUGAUUUUACUUUGUUUUAAGCGUUUGGGGUACACAGAUAAAUUUCCUUACAAAUAUAGUCAGAGAGACUGGAGAAGACUCUAGCAUCUCUGAUGUAGUCUUCAGACUAGAUUUCCUGACUGACUUGGCAUCUAGUUGUUCUGCAGAUCAGUUUCAGACCAGUUCAUAUCAACUGUGUAUUUGCUUGGCUGAUCUUUAGUAUUACAAAAUAUUUUUUCUCGAUAAUAUAAAGACAUACACUGUAUGUGUCUAAAUGGUUUGUCAUAAAGCACAGUUUAUUAACAAAUCGUUAUUGCAUUUCUAUAGACAAAUGAAAAUGGAUGCAUUUUAUUGGAUGAAUAAAAUGAUUUAUCUCAACUCAAAU